AUGCAUCACUACAAGGAAUUAGAUCAGGUUAUUAAUUUGAAAAAGCCAGCGAGCUCGAUGGCUGAACCGGAGUUGCUGCUGGACUCCAACAUACGACUAUGGGUGGUGCUGCCCAUUGUCUUUAUCACAUUUCUAGUUGGAAUCAUUCGUCAUUAUGUCUCCAUUCUCCUUCAAAGCGACAAAAAGCUGACCCUGGAGCAGGUGUCGGACAGUCAGGUUCUAAUUCGCAGCAGAAUCCUCAGAGAGAAUGGAAAAUAUAUCCCUAAACAGUCGUUUUUAAUGAGGAAAUUCUUUUUCAACAAUCAAGAAGAUGGAUUUUUCAAGAAGACCAAAAGAAAAGUUGUUCCCCCGUCACCAAUGACCGACCCCAGUAUGUUGACAGACAUGAUGAAAGGGAAUGUGACUAAUGUGCUUCCCAUGAUUCUCAUUGGAGGCUGGAUAAACUGGACAUUUUCCGGGUUUGUAACAACUAAAGUCCCCUUCCCCCUCACACUGCGCUUUAAGCCUAUGCUGCAACAAGGAAUAGAGCUGCUCUCUCUGGAUGCUUCCUGGGUAAGCUCCGCAUCGUGGUACUUCCUCAAUGUCUUUGGGCUAAGAAGCAUGUACUCUCUAAUCUUAGGACAAGACAAUGGUGCUGAUCAAUCCAGGAUUAUGCAAGAGCAAAUGAGCGGUGCAGCGAUGGCAAUGCCAGCAGACACGAACAAAGCUUUCAAGGCCGAGUGGGAGGCCCUUGAGCUGACUGACCACCAGUGGGCGCUAGACAGUGUGGAGGAGGACCUUAUGAGCCGAGAGCUGGACUUUGAUGGCAUGUUCAGCAAAGAGUUACCCACUGGCAUCUUCUAA